AUGUGCAUUCAAAAACCUCUGUCAUCUAACACACCACAAAUACUACCGAUGAAUUCGCCGAAACACAAACUAUCCAACGAUAUUGACGAUAGUCAAAUCGAAGCGAUGCACUUUGAUGUACAAUCACCGGCGCGUACCUAUGCCCUGAUCGAAACCGACGCAUGCGAAUUAGAGCAAAUCAUAGAUCUACUAAAGCAAUUUUUCCCAAAGACUAAAAUCCUAGAUUAUAAUCAUACAACGCAAUCAACUGCAAGUCAAGCACAAACAUCGGUUACUUCGCAAUUUCUGAUCUCGUCGAUUGAAAAUGAUCAAUCAAGCACGAGUGUCAGUUUACAAACCUUCAAAGGUAAAGUUAAGGAUUAUCUUCAACGUCGUUAUUUAGAACAAACAAAUGAACCUCAAUCACGAAAGGACAUGUUAACAAAACAUCGUACUGAACAAAUGAGUUCAUUCGAUCUCUCGUCAUCUACCCUUCCUAAACCGGCCAUACCAUUUAAAUCUCAUUCGUUCGAUUCUUCGCAAAGUUCGACAAUGAAAGCCGAACAGUAUCUUCUAAGUCCUACAUCGAGUAAACGAGGUUUACUACGACAUUAUACGACUAUCGAUAUCGACGAUACGUCAAAUGAUGCCGGAAAAAUUACUUUUAGUAUCAAUCAACCUGACGACGAUGACGACAAUGAUGAUGACGAUGUUGUACAGGAGGAAGAGGAAACUAAACCGUUGUUGUCAUAUCGACAUUCAUCGACCGAAUCUCGAACUACUAAACAAAGCAAUCAUCUUCUCUUACCUUAUCAUCCUCAUUCUCACGAUCAGGAUCAAAAUGCACGAACACCUUAUUCUAGCAGCAUGCAAUUACCAUUAACUCCAUAUUCGGUUUCGAGCGAUCCUGGUCCGUUUCGUUCGCCUUGGUUUAAUACUCCAACAUCUCCAUUCAACUUUCGCUUUCCUCAAACUCAAGAACAAGCUCACAUGAAUGCCCAAGGAACAAUUGCUCAAUUAUCGACGUUGACAAAAAUGUUAUGUGAUGAACCAAGUAUUUUCACGCCUAUUAGCCCCAGGAUCAAAACAGAAAAACAUCAAUCAAAUUCUUCUAGAGAUUCAUCAUCAGUUCCACCGUGUCAGAUUUGUCGACAAGAAUUUAAUUCACAUCAAAUGUACUUAUCCCAUUACCGCACUCAUUUAGAAAAUCCAUGUGAACUCGAUCAAUCAGAUACAUUAUAUUGUGAUCGUUCAGGUGAUCUACGGAAUUACUCUUGUAAAAUAUGCUUCAAACGUUUUUCUCGAAGUGAUAUGCUAAAUCGACAUUUACGUUCUCAUUCGGGCAUUCGUCCAUAUCGCUGUACAAUGUGUAACACAUACUUCUCUCGUAGUGAUCAUUUAUCUACUCAUUUACGCACGCAUACGGGCGAAAAGCCGUACACAUGUCCACAAUGUUCCUACACAGCGUGCCGACGAGAUAUGAUAACAAGACAUUUGAAAAUUCACACCAAACAACGAUCUGAAAGGAAAAAUGCUACAAAUUAUCGUUUCAUUCGAACAAUGAAAGACCCAUCGAUAUACAUUGCCAAUGGUUCGACAAAUACAAAUAACAUCAUCAGUACUCCUCCAUCAACGAAUCCAUGGGGAAUGUAUGGAAAUCAACAAACAUGGGCAGAUUUGCAUCUUCGCUAA